AUGAAGAUCACUGUAAUGACCGCGGACGAACAGAUUCUCAACUUAGACGUCGAUCCUCACGAAACUGUUGAAAAUGUGAAAGCUCUGCUGGAGGUGGAGACGCGGGUGCUGCUUCAGCAACAGCAGCUGCUAUAUAAUGGGAGGGAGAUGAGGAAUUCUGAGAAGCUGAGUGCCCUUGGCGUUAAAGAUGAAGACUUGAUAAUGAUGGUAUCCAAUGCUGCACCGAGUGCUUCAGCCAAUGCUUUGAGCUUUAAUCCAGAUGGGUCUGCAGUAAACCCAGGAGCUUUUCAGCAGCACAUUAAGAAUGAUUCUAAUUUGAUAGCACAGUUGUUUCAGAGUGACCCAGACUUAGCACAAAUUAUUCUUGGAAAUGAUCUCAAUAGACUGCAGGAACUUUUACGACAGCGUCAUCGCCAAAAGUCUGAACUUCGACGGCAACAAGAUGAGGAGCUUGCUCUUCAUUAUGCAGAUCCUUUUGAUGUUGAAGCACAGAAGAAGAUUGAAGCUGCUAUUCGCCAGAAAGGAAUUGAUGAAAACUGGGCCGCGGCUCUGGAACAUAACCCUGAAGCUUUUGCAAGGGUGGUUAUGUUGUAUGUUGACAUGGAAGUCAAUGGUGUCCCGUUAAAGGCAUUUGUUGACAGUGGAGCGCAGUCAACAAUUAUUUCAAAAAGCUGCGCUGAGCGUUGUGGAUUGUUGAGGCUUUUAGAUCAACGUUACAAGGGUAUUGCUCAUGGAGUUGGUCAAUCAGAGAUAUUGGGUCGGAUACAUGUAGCUCCAAUCAAGAUUGGGAAUAUAUUUUAUCCUUGCUCAUUCUUGGUUCUGGAUGCUCCCAAUAUGGAGUUCCUCUUUGGGUUGGAUAUGCUCCGUAAGCAUCAGUGCAUUAUAGAUCUGAAGGAUAGUGUUUUGAGAGUUGGUGGUGGAGAAGUUUCCGUACCAUUCUUGCAAGAAAAGGACAUCCCAUCUCGUUUUCUGGAUGAAGAAAGGUUUGCCAAGGAAGCAUCCAGCUCAGGAGCUCCUGUUACAUCUGGAACAGCAGAUACAAGCAAAAAUUCACCAUCGGGAGGGCAAUCGUCUGGAAGUGCUCGUUCCAACCCGACUCAGGGACCUGAUUUUGAAGCUAAAGUUGCAAAGCUUGUUGAGCUAGGGUUCGGGAGAGAUGCUGUAAUACAAGCUCUUAAAUUUUUCGACGGUAACGAAGAACAAGCAGCAGGGUAUCUUUUUGGGGGCUGA